CUGCAACUUUCCUCUUCAUCAACCAUGCCACACAACUGAAAUACCGAUGCGCCCCAGAGAAAUAAUCAACCGAAACACCGGCGCAGAUAAUCCGAUUCUCUCCAACUGUCUGUUGCUUCUCCGCGUAGACUUUUUAUUUUUAUUUUUUCAUAUUGAUAUUUGAUUCUCAGUUCAUUGGAAAUCUCAAGUCAAUUCCAGCCCUGUUGAUUUUGUUUUGAAAAUCAUCUGAGAAGAAACAGAUUGAGGAAACCAUUGUUGGACGGGAAGUUUCUCAGAUUCCGGCGAUCGCAAUGCCCGUUUCCGACAGCCAUAAGUCCGACGGGAAGCUAUGGAAGAUCUUCCAUUUCUGGCAGCCCGGAGCUGCAUCUUCUGCUCACAGUAUCCACUCCGGCAGCCAGAACGGAAGCGUCGCCGGAUCCUCCAACUCCCGUCCUGCCGCAUCCGUCUCCUCAGUUGCCAGAUCCUUGAUCCCGCCUCGGCGACGGCUCCGCCUCGAUCCAAAUAAUAAUCUCAUUUUCCCAUAUGAACCCGGGAAGCAGGUGAGAAGUGCCGUCUUGAUUAAGAAUAUUAGUAAAUCCCACGUUGCAUUUAAGUUUCAAACAACUGCACCGAAGAGCUGUUACAUGAGGCCUCCGGGGGGUGUUCUCGAGCCUGGGGAAAGCAUCAUUGCUACGGUCUUCAAAUUUGUGGAGCAGCCAGAAAACAAUGAAAAGCCCAUGGAUCAAAAGAGCAAGGUCAAGUUCAAGAUCAUGAGCUUGAAGGUGACUGAAGGAACAGAAUUUGUGCCCGAGUUGUUUGAAGAGCAAAGGGAUCAAGCACUUGUGGAGAGAAUUUUGCGAGUGGUGUUCUUGGACCCCGAUCAACCUUCUCCGGCAAUGGACAAACUAAAGCGCCAAUUGGCUGAAGCGGAUGCUGCUGCAGAAGCUCGCAAGAAACCGCCUGCAGACACAGGCCCAAAAGUAAUUGGAGAAGGCCUUGUCAUUGAUGAGUGGAAAGUGAGGAGGGAAAAAUAUCUGGCUAAGCAGCAAGUUGAGGCUGUCGAUUCAUCCUAGACUUUAAUUUUCUUCUUUAAAUAUGCAAGUGUUUCGUUGUCUCUAAGGAAAACAGGUACAAAAUUUAAUCCUUUGUGGAGAAUGGGCAGUGUGGUGUCCUCUGUAAAGAAGAAUAAUGUAUGCUAUUGUUAUACGGAGUAUUACAGUAUUUUUUUCGGGAU